CACACACUCACACACACACACUCACACACUCACACACACAAAGAGGUGGAGAUCAGUAUUUUUCUGCAGCAGAAAGACUUUCUGGAGUUUUGCUUCAACUCUGAGUCGUCUCUCUGACGAGUGAGGACAGUCAUGGUGACCACGGAGACCCACCAGACCCAGGACCUACUGGUCCCCCCUCUGAACCAUGACCAGCAGGACCAGCAGGACCAGCAGGAGGACGACCAAGUCUCUCCCUUAUCCGCCCUGGUAGGAUUUGACCCCGAGACGAUGAGUCAGGGUCCCGUCAACGCCAUCACAGUCCUCACUCUGCUGGACAAACUGGUCAACAUGCUGGACGCCGUUCAGGAGAACCAGAACAAGAUGGAGGUGCAUCAGGUGGAGAUGGAAGGUGUGGUCAGAGGGAUCCAGGCUGAUAUGACCAAACUCUCCAAGAGCCACAGUCACACCUCCAACACCGUCAGCAAGCUGCUGGACAAGAGCCGCAAACUGUCCGUCACCAUGAAGGAGGUUCGUGAUAAGAUGGAGCGUCAGGGUCACCAGGUGAGGAAGUUGGAGGCGAACCAUCAUCACCUGAUCAGCAGGAACAACUUCAAAGUUCUCAUCUUCCAGGAGGAGAACGAGAUCCCCUCCAGUGUCUUCGUGAAGGAUCCUCCUCCGUUCCCUCGUGAUGAGAUUUUGGAAGAAGGCGAUGAAACGAUGGCGGGCGUCACCGACGGCAACCGUUCCCAGGAGGGCGGGCUUCACACCAUCGACCUAUCGUCUGAUGAGGACGUCGGGCUGGAGGCGGAGCUAGAGGACGAAGAGAUGUGGCCUCACGAUCUGGAGAACAUGGAGAAGUCCAGAGCGGAGAAACUGAAACAUUCCAGUCUGAAGAAGGUCGACAGUCUGAAGAAGGCGUUCUCCAGGCAAAACAUCGAGAAGAAGAUGACCAAGAUCGGAACAAAGAUUGUUUCUCAGGAACAACGAGAGAAGAUCAAGAAGAGAACCUCCAGUCUGAAGGUUUCACCUCUGACCUUCAGCAUCAGGAAGCCUCGGAGCAGCUCCGACUCUCAGCCCCCCGAUGCCUCUCUUCAGGUGGACGACUCUGUGGUCGUCGAGGCCGACGUCGACCUCUCUCCACUAGGCGACACUGACCAGGAGGUCUCUUUCACCGAGGUCCAUGCCCAGCUGGCUCCGGACGAGCAGGAGUUGAAAGAGGAGGAGGAGGAACAGGAGGAGGAGAAGAAAGAAGAGGAACAGGAUAAGGAGGAGGAGCAGGAGAAAGAGGAGGAGGAGAAGGGAGGUGUGGAGGAUCUGUCGGUGGUCUCAGAGGGAGUCAGUGAAGACUACACUCUGUCCUCCACGCUGCCUCAAGAGGAGAAAGAGGAGGAACCCUGAACACUCAGAUUGUUCAAGGAACGGUUCAACAUUUAGUGAAGUUCCUCUCUGGGAGUCAGAUCAAUCAUUUAUUAUGACCUCACAACCAUCAAUGAUGUUCAGAUUGUUUCCAUGUUUCCACCUCAGCAUGAAGACAGCUAGCUUAGCAUAAACAGCAAGUUAGCUUCCUCAGAGAGAAGUAGAGUUCACUAAAUGUUGACCUGUGCCUUUAAAGUGUUAUUAAUGGAUAGAACCAUGUAACUCCAACAUUUUAAUUUUUCUGAUUUUUAAAUUUAGGUUUUGAAUGAAGUCUGAGAAUUUUCAGUUUAUUCUUCAACUGAUCUGAAAACCUAAAAAAUAAAAACAUCACUAAAUUUGGAGUUA